AUGCUCAAUCCCAAGACUUUUAAUGUGGACGUGAACGGGGUCUAUGCCAGCUUGCAGGGGCUGGCGUUCCCUCUCAGCUUAGCUGCUCGAGCAAUUGAAAGCGAAACCCUUCCAUCCCAUACCGACCUCACAGCGGACCAGAUUUCUCAGCUCAAAGUCACCAAAUGGUCACCAGAAGACAUCUCCGAAGCCAUUCAACGGCAGAGCAAGUUUGUGGGAAACAUGCACAGAAUAGGAUGGCUUGAUCCGGGCCGCUGGCUGGACCAUGGAACGAUGGAGCUGUCUCUGGGUAUCGUGCUCUAUCAUGCUUGGCUUGACCUUGCUCAUUCAACAUCGCUCAAAUACUUCCUUGUGCCACGCUUAGAUAUCGACCUUGCGUGGCACUCCCAUCAGCUUCACGGGACCGGGUACAAGACCGAUACCGAACGGCUGUUGGGCCAAUUCUUGAACCAUGAUGAUGCGGCGGCAGAAGAUACGCUAGGGAAUGGACUGAAGAAGACUGGUGAGCUGUGGAAAGAGCGAUUUGGCUAUGAUUAUCAGCCUCCGGGAAGUGAUUGA